GCGCGCUGUUGCUGAACAGCGCCGAGACCCACCCGACCGGGAAGAUGGAGACCUAAAAAACAGCUCGACCAACAAGGCAGGCAGGUGCUUCCUUUUGCUUUGCGGCAUUUGCUCUUUUGCUCUCCUCCUCCCGUCAGAACCUUUCCGCAUUUCCUACCGCUCGCUCUUUUUUUGUCGCCGGCCAGCCUCACGAUACCCUCUUCCCGUCCUAUCCAUAUUCUCAACAUGCUUUCCAGGAACUCUGCGCAGCGCCUUCUCAGGGUUGCCGCUCAGCCCAGCCAGCGCCUCAACAUUGCGCGCGGCUUCGCCAGUGUCCAGGACACCCCCGCCCAGUCCCUUCAGGCCGAUAUCUUCAAGCCCACCAAGUACGGUGGCAAGUACACCGUCACACUCAUCCCUGGUGAUGGUAUCGGUGCCGAGGUCGCCGAGAGCGUCAAGACCAUCUUCAAGGCCGACAAUGUGCCAGUUACCUGGGAGCAGAUCGAGGUCUCCGGUCUCUCAGAUGCGACCCCAACCGGCCGCACCGAGGAGGCUUUCGCCGAUGCCGUUGCCUCCCUCAAGCGCAACAAGCUCGGUCUGAAGGGUAUCCUCCACACCCCCAUCAGCCGCUCCGGCCACCAGUCUUUCAACGUCGCCAUGCGCCAGGAGCUCGAUAUCUAUGCCUCCAUCUCCCUGAUCAAGAACAUCCCCGGCCUCAAGACCCGCCACGACGGCAUUGACCUCGCCAUCAUCCGUGAGAAUACCGAGGGCGAGUACAGCGGUCUCGAGCACCAGAGCGUGCCCGGUGUCGUCGAGUCCCUCAAGAUUAUCACCCGCGCCAAGUCUGAGCGCAUCGCCAAGUUCGCUUUCAGCUUCGCCCUUGCCAACCACCGCAAGAAGGUUACCUGCAUACACAAGGCCAACAUCAUGAAGCUUGCCGAUGGUCUCUUCCGCAACACAUUCCAAGCUCUCUCCAAGCAGUACCCCAUGCUUGAGUGCAACGACAUGAUUGUCGACAACGCCUCCAUGCAGUGCGUCAGCAAGCCCCAGCAGUUCGACGUCAUGGUCAUGCCCAACCUUUAUGGUGGUAUCCUGUCCAACAUUGCUGCCGCUCUCGUUGGUGGUCCUGGUGUCGUUCCCGGCUGCAACAUGGGUCGUGAUGUCGCCGUCUUCGAGCCCGGUUGCAGGCACGUUGGCCUUGACAUCAAGGGCAAGGACCAGGCCAACCCUACCGCUCUUCUUCUCAGCGGUACCAUGCUUCUCCGCCACCUCGGCCUUGAUGACCAUGCCAACCGCAUCUCCAACGCCGUCUACAGCGUGAUUGCCGAGGGCAAGAUCCGCACCCCCGACAUGGGCGGUAAUGCCACCACCCACGAAUUCACCCGCGCCAUCCUCACCUCCAUGGAGAACUCGUUGUAAAGAUACCCAACCACACACGCAAUGCUAAUUCACGCGCCCCUACCAUGUACAUGAUCCGAUUGCGUUGCUCUUCAUCGGUAAUUCGUUAAUAUCGACCUAUAUACGGGGAUCCUUGACUUUUUCAAGGAGUGAUACCAGGAACGGAGGAAGAAGGGCGUUUUACAGCGACGACUUUUAGACGGGGAUCAAACGAGUGAGACUGGCAUGGGGCGGAGAGAGAAUCCGUUGUAGAGACGCUGGAGUGAGACAGGGGGAGCUAGAACUGGUCGGCCAUGCGGCACACACAGAGACUCAUGUUUCCUUUAUUUCUGGCUACCACACUUGGAGAGCUGAGAGGAAAGCUUAGAAGGGUGGCGGUGGCCUAUGUUAAUGAUAUAACGAAAUGGACCAAAAAAAUCCUAAACAUAUUCUUGAA